UCCUAAAUCAGAUAGCGAGGGAAGAAGACGUCAUCAUUAUCAUUAAUCAAAACCCCAGAUUUCGUCUCCUUAAGAAAUGCCGAUGGAGAUCUCAGUAGAUCUGAUAAACCAACUCAAGGUCUCGCUUCGAAAAGAGGCCAAGCUCUCCUCCUUCGAUCCCGUGGGCGAUAACUCAGACCCAUCUCUCUCCACCCUUCCCACAUCCGCGGAGGCAAUUGCAGAACUAGAUGCUUCGGCUCCGUACCUCCGUUGCCGGAACUGCAAAGGAAAGCUUCUGCGUGGAAUCGAGUCUCUGAUCUGCGUCUUCUGCGGCAAUCAGCAACGUACCAGCGAUAAUCCUCCUGAUCCCAUCAAGUUCACUUCCACUUCUGCUUACAAUUGGUUUCUCACCUCUCUCAAUCUCGAUGGAUCGGAGAUGGUAGAGCCGUUAAAGGAAACGAAUGGAUCAAGCAGAGGAGCUAAGGCACCUGUGGUUAAAGGAAUUGCUGUUUCUAAGUUUCUUGAUUUGGAAAUUCAAUGGUCUGCAACAGAUAAGUCUAUAAAGAGUGGAACACCUGAUGAUGAUGGACAAUUAGUGCUGAAUAGAAAUCCCCUGAAUUUGGGAGGAAUUAGUCUUGAUGAUAUUCUCGUUGAGGGAAGAGGAGAUCUUUCAAAAGUGGAUCCAGCAGAGAGCAAAACCGUGGAUGAUGAUGAUGAUUUUAAGGAUCCACGUAGUCUUAGCUUAUUCGAUAGUGUAAAGAGUCCGGGAGUUGUUAAGGGAAAAUAUGUUAUUGUUUCUUCUGAGGAACAUGAGAAUCUUAGUUUGUUUGCGCGACGAGAUGGUCAGGAAAAUGUUACUUUAGCAGCUCAGGGAAACUUUGGGUUCUUUGAGGAAAAAGAUGUUCCGAACUCUUUUAAAGAUGAUGAAAAGCUUAGUCUGUUUGGGGGAAAAGAUACUGAGAGAACUAGUUCUUCUAAGAAGGAUGAGAGUUUUGGUUUCUUUGAGGGUAAAGAUGCUCAGAGAAAUAGUUCUUCUAAAGAUGGUGAGAGCUUUGGAUUGUUUGAAGGUAAAGAUGCUCAGAAAUCUAGUUCUUCUAAAGAUGAUGAGAGUUUUGGAUUGUUUGAAGGUAAAGAUGCUCAGAGAAAUAGCUCUUCUAAAGAUGAUGAGAGUUUUGGAUUGUUUGAGGGUGCAUCAUCAAAGUCUUUUGAUGACAAGAUUGUUGCCUCGUCUUCUGAUUGGGAUUCCGACUUUCAAUCUGCUGGUCAUAAUCCUUCGCCGAAAAAGAUUUGUGGUGACCCGUUCGUAAAUUCUCCGGUUGAUUUGGCUGCUCAUAUGGACUCUGUCUUUGGUUCGGGGAAAGAUUUACUACAUGCAAAACCGGCAGAUUCUUCGCCUGCUUAUGUUUCCAAAACUGGUGAUCGGUUGCAAGAUGAUUUAUUUGGUAAUGUCACUGGUGAGCCCCAAAACAACGAUUCAGCUGUCCAUGAUAAGAAUGAGGGACAGGUUGUAGGCGGCAAUGGAAGUUCAUCCAUGGAUAUUGAUUGGAUUGGAGAUGAUCUAUGGCAAACCAAUGAAAAGAAAUCCAUUGAGAAGACCCCUGCAUAUGUCAAUGAUGAUGAUGAUGACGAUGACUGGAGUGAUUUUGCAAGCUCGGCUAACUCCAAGACUCCUAAUAAACCACUUUCUCAAACCAUAGAAAGUUCCCAAGAAGAGAUUUUUUAUGGACAGGCGCAAGUUAAGAACGGUGUUAAAGAACAGAACGUAGAGGAGAAGCAGAAUACUGGUACAAGCGUGAUGUCUGACAUAGGCAAAGGACUAGAAGAUGAUCUCUUUGGAACUUGGGAUAGUUUCAUAUCCCCAACCAUUCCGCAGGCGUCUAAGCAGCCUCCCACCAAUCAUGCGAAUCUAUCUGGUGAAAAAAAUCCGGAAAUGAACUUGUUUGGGGAAAAUAACAAUCACAGAGACCAGCAGCACGAAGAUGUCGGUUUUUUUAAGGCGAAAGAAGUCCAGAAUAAUGUUUCUUCUGAGGAACAUGAGAAUCUUAGUUUGUUUGCGCGACGAGAUGCCCAGGAAAAUGUUUCUUUAGCAGCUCAGGGAAACUUUGGGUUCUUUGAGGAAAGAGAUGUUCCGAACUCUUUUAAAGAGGAUGAAGACCUUAGUCUGUUUGGGGGAAAAGAUAUUCAGAGAACUAGUUCUCCUAAGGAGGAUGAGAGUUUUGGUUUCUUUGAGGGUAAGGAUGCUCAGAGAACUAGUUCUCCGAAAUAUGAUGAGAGUUUUGGAUUGUUUGAAGGUAAAGAUGCUCAGAAAACUAGUUCGUCUAAGGAGGAUGAGAGUUUUGGUUUCUUUGAGGGUAAGGAUGCUCAGAGAAGUAGUUAUUCUAAAGAAGGUGAAAAUCUUGGUUUCUUUGAGGGAAAAGAUGCUCACAAAACUAGUUCUUCUAAAGAUGAUGAGAGUUUUGGAUUGUUUGAAGGUAAAGAUGCUCAGAGAAAUAGUUGUUCUGAAGAGGAUGAAAAUUUUGGUUUGUUUGAGGGUGCAACAUCAUCAAAUGCUGACAUUAAGUCUUUUGAUGACAAGAUUGUUGCCUCGUCUUCUGAUUGGGAAUCUGACUUUCAAUCUGCUGAUCGUAAUCCUUCUCAGAAAAAGAUUGGUGGUGACCACUUUGUAAGUUCUCCGGUGGAUUUGGCUGCUCAUAUGGAUUCUGUCUUUGGUUCCGGAAAAGAUUUACUCUAUGCAAAACCGGCAGAUUCUUCAACUGCUUAUGUUUACAAAGCUGGUGAUUGGUUGCAAAAUGAUUUAUUUGGUAAUGUCACUGGUGAGCACCAAAACAACGACUCAGCUGUCCAUGAUAAGAAUGAGGGACAGGUUGUGGGCGGCAAUGGAAGUUCAUCCAUGGAUAUUGAUUGGAUUGGAGAUGAUCUAUGGCAAACCAAUGAAAAGAAAUCCAUUGAGAAGACCCCUACAGAUGUCAAUGAUGACGACGAUGACUGGAGUGAUUUUGCAAGCUCGGCUAAUUCCAAGACUCCUCCGGAAAUGAACUUGUUUGGGGCAAAUAACAAUCACAGAGAUCUUGAUUUUGACAGUAUCAAACGUUCUGAUUUCUUUUCUGAAAAUAUUGGCGGCAAAACUGACUGAGAGGAAGCCAAAGUCAUACCUUCUGGAACCUCUACCUUAGACAGAACGAGUGAUCCUGAUGGUAGUAAAGAUCAAACAGUUGAUCUUGUUGUAGGCACAACAACAACAGCAGCUACCAAGUCAAAGAGUGAGGUGCCGAGGAGCUGAUGUCACAGAUACAAGGAGCUGAUGUCAAAGACCAAACUUUCUGUGCCUCCAAUCUCCAAGACAGAGUAAUAUUAUCACACUGUACUCUCCUAUCUCUCUUGUUUUUUUUCCUGGGGCUUGGAGAUUGCUUGUUUUCACGUAUAUAUAUACAUAUGAUUCUCAAUAACUUUCGAAGAAUUCAGUUGUUGCUUGUUCUGUAGCCACAAGUAGUUUCAGUCUAGUGGUAUUUUCAUUUGGGUUGCUUACCAAUUUCAUUGAUCUUGGCCACUUGGGGUACAUACAUAAACAACUGAGACUUGUAGAAUUUGUUUGGAUAUCACCUCAGUCUCUGGUUAUUAAAAAAGAACUUGGUUGCUCUG